AUGCUCAAAAGCGAAAGCUCCGUCGAGCAGCCAGUCUGCCUCCGCGUCCAGGAAAUUUCGCAGGAGGUUGGAGAUUUUCUCAUAUCCCUCCCGGUGUCACUGGAAUCGCAGAAGACUCAAGUCUUCCUGAUACACGGUAUUAACAAGGAAAAGGUGCCAAAAGAGUGCCAGGAUGCAGUGUCGGUCCUUGUGCACCAGCUUCAACUGUACCGAGGUAGCGCAAAGGCUCUGAUGGCACUUCCAGAAUCAGACGGUGUCAAAAGGACGUCGAUUUCCACUUAUCCCUCGCACAGGAUUCUCCCGGUCCACGUUCCAAGUGGCGGUCAUGCUACCUUGACUUUCACUUCGCUAUGGCGUUGGCCGGCAACUCAUUUACAAAUGAGCAACAAGCCACCGCACUCGAAAAAGAUCGAUCGCACGUGGAACGGACUUUCUGCAGAAGAAGUCCUAUACACCAUUGAUCUCGGAAAAAUGCAUGACACGUUCUGCAAAGAUGGGGACGACGUGUGCGGUUCCUUCUCGCACUCAUCAGCGUUCGCUCGAAGAAAUGAUCACACAGGUCAUCGAACCACACACUAUUCACAAGGCAGCAGAGACGAAUCAGAACCAGAAGACUUACGGCUCAAAAAUCUCACUACGGCGGAUGUUAAUACAUCCCCUGUGGAUAUGGCUGGCAAGACUCGCAAGGGUAGCCGCAAUGUAAAUGCCAAAGGUUCUCAUACAGCGACUCAGGAGCAGAGGGCCGGAAAGCCUAACCCCAGUGUCAAAACAACUCUUUCACUGAAUAUAUUUGAGUUGCAGGAGAAUAUCAAGAAGCCCCGUAAUCGUAUUAUCCACGCCAGGACUAAGGAGGUAGUGAGGUCCGAAAUGACGAUCCAGCCGGAGGACGAGGGUUUUUCUGACAUGAAGGAUGUUGUUCUCGAAGCAUCAGCGAAUACGUUUGAAACCAAGGAAGUCGAAAAAAAGGAUUUAUACGUCUACCAAAGAUCCAAGGGGACACUUGAAGCCGAAGUACAUCGUGACGCCUCGGGUGAUUCAGACAUGAAAGACGGUGAUAUCCAAGAGAUUCCGAAGAAUGCUAAAGAAGUCGCCAAAAAGUCUACAAGUCUACGAAAGGCGGGCGGAGCCGGAAGGAUGCAAGCCAGAAGAACAAAGCGAAGUCUAAGGAGACAAUUGAAUCCGAAGAUGAGGUGGCAUCACUCUGGGGUAGACAUACCAGAAUCAAACGCAGAGCCCGGGGACUACGAUCAUGUGAAAUUUCCUCGUGAUUUGGAUGACUGGGACGAAUAUAUCGAGAAAGUUUUCAAGGAGGGCAACUCGCAUGUUUUUCUCAAACUUGCCGCUUGGAUAUCUUGUCGCUUCUGCGAGCUUGCAGGCAUCAGCAAGGAAGAUGAAUUAAAGGGAUUGGUGAUCCCAAAACAUCCAGGUUGGUUUAAGUUUGACAGCAAUGAUCAUUUUCUCGAAGCCUUGGGCAUGGAACGCUUGUACGCUGCGACGGCGCACAUGGACACACACCCUGAAUACCUCGCGUGUAUCUUCCGUCAACUCGGUGAGCUGGAGUCGGCAAACGAAAUGGGAAGCAGCCACCCUCGACUCAGGCCCCUGCCAUCCCCACCGACGCCGGUUGCAAGCAUGAUGUCGGCUCACGAGCUCCCCUGGUUAUUAUCAUUCGUUCACAGCAGUGAAUCCGACGAUGUGGGAGAUUUAAUGGAUCAUCGGGUGGGAAACGGUACGGUAAAGCGUAAACGGACGUUAUCGAAUGCGACGUUGACGCCAGAGUCGGAACAUGUGCCUGCUGCGAAACGUGUCAAGGGUGGAAUUCGAUCUACGUCACCAGCGUUCAACAGUAUGACUCCUGCUUCGAACAGCGACUUCCCAAUGGGUGGUGGCACCAUGACGCACCCUACACUGUCUCCUGAAUCUGUAUCGUCAUCUAUAUCUAACAUCACCAAAGCCCUUCUCUUGGACGAAAGUUCAGGUUCGACCAGUGAGCCUGCGGAUACAAGAGAGGCUGUCACAGACACUGAUGGAGAUGUAUUUACGAAUGAAGCGCCUGAGAUGGAAGAAGCUAUGGUAGACAUUGUCGAAGGCGUCGCUGGUUCUUUGAGUGAGCCUGUGGAUGGAUCAUGUUUUAAGGCUGUCGAAGACGGUUCUGGAUCCAAGUGCAAGUCUUCUGAGACGAAAGUCGUUGACUUGGAGGUGGGUGCAGCAUCCCCAUCCAGAAAACCUAUCACCAUCCAGUUCGAAGCAUCACAGUCGAUCAGCGACCUCAACACACAAAGUGCAUCUGAUCCUCGUCACCUGUCCAAGAACGAUGAAGAGGAUUGGUUUGCUGACAUGCGGGGUGUCGCCCGUCAGCUCAGCUGA